CCAGCCUCAGCUGCCCCAAACUAAUGUUAGUCCUGCCCAACCUCAGCUGCCUCAGGCUACUAGUGAUUCAACGUCCAAGAAAACAAAGACUCGAGGCCCCACAAGAUCCUUUGAUGUUUGGAAAAUGCGUGAAGGUCAACGGAUUUCUAUUUCCAUCAACGAUCUAGGGCAGCCCGAUUGUGACAAUGCUAGUAAGCUGACAAAUUUCAUAGGGACAAUAGCACGCAAUGGGGUAUAUGCUCCCCUUACAUUUAAUGAUUGGAGGGCGGUGCCAAAUGCGAAGAAAGAUGAUAUGUGGGGGCUUGUCACGUCCAAGUUUGAGUUUGACGGUAAUGCUAAGACUUGGGUGCUGAAGUCACUUGGUAAAAAAUGGAGGGAAUGGAAGGGCAAGCUGAAGAAACUCUACUACUCUUCUCAUGAGACUGAUGAGGAGCGGAUCGCAGAUCUUGAUGGGCGGGUCCAAGAAGAUCAAUGGAAGACUCUCGUUCAGUUUUGGAACUCUAAAGAGGGGAAGAGAAUCGGAAGAAACAACUGAUUAACCACGCAGCAGUCUCGAAGAGUUUUGCGCGAAUACAUGAGGAAGAGACAAAACUCAAUGAAGAAAUAUCUCAGCAACCCGGGGCCUCACAGAGUAGCACGGCAAGGGAUGAUCUAUUAUCUCAAGUUAUGGGAGAAGACAAGUAUGGUCGUGUCCGCACUCAUGGGUUAGGACCAUCUCCAUCUGAUUUGUGGGGUGCAACAUCCAGCCAACAAAGGAUGACUUCCAUUGAUCAGAAGAGAGAUGAAAGAUAUGAGGAACUACAUGCUGAUAUAGUCUCUCUUAAAGAAAAUAUAGCUGCACUCUCAUCCCUUAAAGAAACUAUGGUUGAAAUCUCAUCCGCAAGAGAUGCUGAAAUUUCUUCCUUGAAAGAAACUCUGAUGAAAUUGAUAGCCACUAUGAAUAAUGCAAACAAUAACCCACCCACAGUAUUCAGUGCUGCAGCUAGUUCUAACAUGAACCAACCGUCCUCAUCAUCAAGCCAUUGGGUGAAC